AUGGUGAAAGCGGUUGAGAGAGAAGGAAAAGAAAGCUACAAAUACGAUUUCGAGAACAUGAAAGAGAAAAACUCAUCUUCUCAGAAAGUCAAGAGAUGGAACUCUAGUUCUGCCCUGAGAGUUGAAGAUCCGGACAUUAAUGAUGACACUGUUUCCAAAAGAACUGCUGUUUCGAGUGUCCUACCAAUGCUCCCAUUUCGACCGCCUGAGGCGUGUGAAGCAACCGGUGAAGAAUUACAGGAAGAGGCAGAAAGGGAACAGAUGAAAGAAAGGUUUGCGAAAUUGCUUCUAGGAGAAGACAUGUCAGGAGGAGGCAAAGGUGUUUCAUCAGCACUGGCGUUAUCAAACGCAGUCACAAAUCUUUCAGCAUCAGCGUUUGGAGAGCAACGGCGUUUAGAGCCAAUGCCAGAGGAUAGAAAAGAAAGGUGGAGAAGAGAAAUCGGAUGGCUUCUCUCCGUUACUGAUCAUAUAGUUGAGUUCUCUCCGACACAACAAACAAACAAGGACGGUUCUUCCAUUGAGGUAAUGACUACAAGACAGAGAGCAGAUCUUGUCUUCAACAUCCCUGCUCUUAAGCAACUCGAUGUGAUGCUCACAGAUUGUCUUGAUAAAUUCAAGGAUCAGGAUGAGUUCUAUUACGUCACAACCGAGUCUUUAAACAGGAAGGACGAUAAAUGGUGGCUACCAACAGUGAAAGUUCCACCUAUAGGCUUAUCCGAAACGUCGAAAAGGUUUCUACUGACUCAGAAAGAGUGUGUGAGCCAAGUGCUUAAAUCAGCAUUGGCCAUAAACGCUGAAGUUCUGUCUCAAAUGGAGAUCCCUGAGAGUUACAUAGACUCACUUCCUAAGAAUGGGAAAGCUAGUCUUGGAGACAUGAUCUAUAGAAUGAUAACAUUAGACAUGUUUGAUGUGGAGAGGUUCCUUCUUGAAAUGGACUUAUCAUCUGAGCACAAGGUUCUUGAUCUUAAGGACAAAAUCGAAGCUUCGGUUGUGAUAUGGAAGAGAAAGAUAGUUCAGAAAGACAACAACAAGUCUUCGUCUCCGUUUAGUACUAAUCUGAGUAUGGAGAAGAGACAACUGCUAGAAGAAAGAGCACAAACCAUCUUGCUUCUUAUCAAACUAAGAUUCCCAGGAAUCUCUCAAUCCACACUUGACAUCAGCAAGAUACAAUUUAACAAAGAUAUAGGAUUAGCUAUAAUGGAGAGUUAUUCAAGAGUUCUUGAAAGCUUGGCGCACACGGUAUUGUCAAGAAUAGAAGAUGUCCUUGUAGCUGAUCAGCUAACUAAGGACCCUGAAAGCUUGCUUUGUAAGAGAUAUAUAGUGAAGGAAACAGAGAGUCCUAUGAAGGAAGAAGAAGAAGAAGAAGAAGAAGAAGAAGAAGAAGAAAGAAACUUUUGUCUUUUAGAGGAGAGACCGGUUAAACAGAAGGCUCUCAUCUCACUGUCAGAGGUAAUGCAAUGGGAUAUGGAAGACAAGAACGAUACACCAUUGAAAGAAUCAGGCAAGAAACUAAUGAGCAGAGUGUCAACCAUGAUCAUGGCUGCUAACAACAAGAAGAGUACUUCUUAUCUUGAAUCUCUUGGAACCGCAAGGAGUCCAACCGCAGGGCAAUAA